CAGGAACAGACCCACGUGCCGCCUUCCAGGCGGGAUACAAAAUUAUUGGCGACGAGAAACGGCAACGAUCAGGGAAUAAAAUUUUAUUUUCCUCUGUUUUUUCUCGGUACUGCUUUAGCUUUGUCAAUUUACCUGUGUGAUUCAGUGUAUGAGUGCUUCCACCCUUCGCUAUAAGACUUUUAAGUUCGCAUGUUUGCAUCAACGAUGCCUUCGCCACAGGAACAGGCUUCGCUGUCCGAUCUUGUACGGUUUCAGGCUCAACAAAUGACACAGCUGCUUGCUGCUGUAAAUGGACUGGUCACAGUACAAACUACAGCUACUACGGCGCCUCCGACGCCUCAGCCUGUCACCGCCACGACGCCUCCGGCGCCGCCAUUUUGUGCCUUUAAUCCUGACGUUGAACGCUGGCCAAAGUACAUCGUCCAGUUCGAGGCACACUUCGCAGCAUACAACAUACCAGAACUGGAUGCUUCGCGGCUUCCGCCGCCUUAGCCCACGACUCCACCGACGGCGCCUGUGCCGCUCGCGCCUCCGCCGCGGGCUCUCCUGCCGCCGCCGCCGCCGCCGGUCUGGUCUCCGUCGGGUGGGCGCCCUCGCUGCCGCCACGGCCCCACCUCCGGCCUCCGUCUUCUCCGCCACCGCUGUGGCUGUGUUUCUCCGCGGUGCGAGAACUGAUGGACGCUGAGGCUGCCGUCACGCCCACGCCGCUGUCGCCGUCGCCCAUGGAGGUUCUUGCUCCGCCUCCUCAUCCGAGCAUACCCAGUGGUGGUGCGCGUCCUGGGCAGGUUUUCAACGGGGCGUUUUCCUCGCCCCCUCGCGAGCAGAUCUGCUGUCCGUCCCCUCAGUUGCGCCACCCCUGGGUCCCUCCGCCUGCCGUCGGAAGCCUUACUCAACGACGGUGCCCCGUUUCAGGGGGGAGGGAUGUGGUAUCGAUAGUUCCAAUACCACAGCGUAGGUUGGCACUAGGAGAGCGGACGAUCUACACCGACGAUAGCGUCCUCUAGCCAACGCUGUGCAGCUCUACGAGCGCCGCUCCACUUUCGCCAAGUUCUUGAAGAGCUCGUGGCCGAGAACCAUAGCGUUAGCUUAGCUUGCUAUUGAGACUUUCUUAUCUGGACUUUGGCUGCACACCUAUGUGCUCAUCACCUAAAGUUAUGUAAUAUGUUUGCAUAUGUUUAUACUAUAG